GUAUCCCGUAGGAUCCUCACCGUAGCAGAGAUCUGUGGCGGCCGAGCGGAUCGGGCACCAAACCCCUAAACCCCCGAACCCCCGAUCCGCGACGAGGAGCGGGUGCGGUGGCCGGAGCCGCGGAUCGCCGGAGCUCGGAAGGGGUGCCUGUCGCAGAUCUACCGAUCCUGGCGCCGGACAUGAGCUCCUCGGUCGAGAAGGGGAGCGGAUCGCUGGAUCCCGGCGAGCGCCCGGCCGCCGGCAGCCAGCCCAAGGCCUGCACCGCCUGCAACACCACCAAGACGCCGCUCUGGCGCGGCGGACCCUCCGGACCCAUGUCGCUGUGCAACGCGUGCGGGAUCCGGUACAGGAAGAAGCGGAGGGAGGCGAUGGGCCUCGAGGACCCCCCCAAGAAGAGGCAGCCGGCGGCGGCCGCCGCGCCCGCGGCGGCGGCGGCGGCGUGCUCGGAGGCCGGCGGCGAGAGCGCGGAUCCGGAGCAGCAGCAGCCGCAGCAGCCCAAGAAGAAGACGACGACGACCAAGAGGGGGCGCGAGGUGGAGCUCCGCGUGGUGGGGUUCGGCAAGGAGGUGGUGCUGAAGCAGCGGCGGCGGAUGCGGCGCAGGCCGCGGCUGGGCGAGGAGGAGAAGGCGGCCAUCCUCCUGAUGGCCCUCUCCUCCGGCGUCAUCUACGGCUGAUCCAGGCCGACCCAGCCCUACCUAGCUAGCAGCAGCAAGCGGAGAGAAGAGAAGAGAGAUGAGAGGAGAUCCAGAGUGUGAGUGAUUUGCUCGCUUGCUGCUUGUCUAGCAAGCAUGCAUCCAGGCAGAGAUGUGGCGUCUCUGCCCCCCUUGUUCUUUCCUGGUAGUUUUUCCGGCUGAUUAGUUCUUCAAUAAUGAAUGAAUGAACGAUGAUGCAGCUGUAGCAGCUGCUGUUCUUUCUUCUUGCCUAGUAGCAGCUGUGAUGUUACCCAAGUAGUAGUGGUAUCCUAGUACCAGUAGUAUCAGUAGGAGUAGUAGUGUGUAACAUUGCAGUGUAAGAAUCGAGAGAGAGCUUUAUGAAUGAUGAACCAUCUUUGUGGCUCCA